AUGCCUGCCUCAGUAGACUCUCGGCUGCUAGCCGGGUCUCUAUUUGCUGCUCUCUUCGGGAUCUUGGUUGUUUACUCCUGGUUUCCACUUGAUGCACAGUUUGAUUAUGUGGUGGUGGGUGGAGGGACGGCAGGUAUCACAAUCAGUGCUCGUCUGGCCCAGCAUGGGUUUCGAGUUGCAGUGGUAGAAGCAGGAGGCUAUUAUGAACUCAAAUUCCCAAUAUGCCGCGUUCCAGGCGCGGCGACAGUUGGGGCUGGCUCCAGCAUCACCACAGCCACGGCAGUGGAUUGGAAGUUCGAAGUCCACGGGGUUCCUGGGGCAGCCUAUCGUGAUAUCCACUAUCCCAGAGGCAAAUGCAUGGGUGGCUCGUCAGCCCUGAAUUUCAUGAUGUACCAAAGGCCAUCCAGAGAUACUAUGAAAAAAUGGGCGGAGCUUGUCGGCGAUCCAAGUUAUCUGUUCGAAAACACCCUUGCCUUUUUUCAAAAGACCGUGUCUUUCACACCACCGGGACUUCGCUCCGGAAAUGUUUCAACACUCUACAACUCAUCUGCCUUUUUGGACAGCGGCCAGCCUCUACACGUGUCAUACCCAUUGUGUCCAAUGACUUUCUCGGUGUCAUCGCGGCGCGCUUUCACCGAAGCCGGCAUAAAUGAGGCUCAGGACUUCAACAGCGGGUCUCUUAUGGGCCAUCAGUUCUGUUCGAUGACAAUUCGGCCGAGCGACUGGUCACGAAGUAGCUCGGAAGCCGCUUUUUUCCAGGCGCCUCAAGGCUUGGGAAAUUUGACUGUCUAUCAGAAAACCUUGGCCCAAAUGAUAAUUUUCGACAAAGACAAGCGCGCUAUUGGCGUACGGGUGCGAAACAUAUUGGAUUUCACCUUGAAAGCAGCACGAGAAGUGAUCGUCUCCGCAGGGGCAUUCCAAUCACCCCAGCUGCUGAUGGUGUCUGGGAUCGGCCCUGCUGAAACACUACAUGAGCACAAUAUCACUGUUCUUGCUGAUCGCCCUGGAGUGGGUCAAAACAUGUGGGACCAUAUUUUCUUUGGGCCUUCCUACCCAGUCUCAGUAGAUACCUUUACCAAAAUGACGCAAGACUCAUGGUAUUUCUUAACCCAGGUUUUCAACUAUUUUAUCCUCAAAAGAGGCAUCCUCACGAACCCAUCCACAGACUACCUAGCGUUCGAGAAGCUUCCAAGAGCCCUCCGAACCACUUUAUCUGAUCGGAACGAAGCGGACCUGUCUUGGUUCCCAGCCGACUGGCCUGAGCUGGAGUACCUUGCUGCUUCUGCUUAUGUGGGGAACUUUUCCAACCCGAUCUCCGACCAACCUAAGGUUGGGCAAUAUGGUAGCAUCAUCGGGAGCCUCGUUGCCCCAACGUCCCGCGGAAAUGUCACACUUCGAUCAGCGAGCAUGAAUGACCUCCCUGUCAUCAACCCAAAUUGGCUGGAAACGGAAACAGACCAAAAGCUUGCUGUUGCAGCCUACAAACGUAUCCGUGAAGUCUUCCACACCAAGGCAAUGGCUUCUGUCCUUACCGGCCCCGAAUAUUUCCCCGGAGUCGCUGUCCAGGCCGACAAAGAGAUAUUAGAUGUCAUCAAAAACACAAUGAUGACAAUAUAUCAUACUGCCUGUACGUGCAAAAUGGGAAGCUCCAGUGAUAGCAUGGCAGUCGUUGAUAAUAAAGCAAGAGUUUUCGGGGUCACUGGACUGCGUGUGGUGGAUGCCAGUGCCUUCCCCCUUUUACCACCGGGUCACCCCCAGUCAACUGUUUAUAUGCUUGCAGAAAAGAUCGCUGCCGACAUCAUCUCCCGUUGA